AUGGCGAUGAUGACUGGCCGUGUGCUGCUGGUGUGUGCCCUCUGCGUGCUGUGGUGCGGUGCCGGCGGGGUUUAUGCGAGGAACCCUGACAACAAUUCACUGGGUGGCUACAUGGCGUCGAGAGGGUUUGGAAGGAAUACGUCGUUUUUGUCGAACGGAUCUAUUAAAAACUUAUCCACACCGCUUUUGCUGUCAGCAUCGUUUAUCUCUGCUAUGCAAGCCGAAGCUCAUGAAGAAGUUCCUUCUGCAGGAGUUACUAAUUUACCUUUAAGUGGAGCCGCGGGUCUUAGUCCUGCUUUUUCCGGUCCUGCCGCUGCUGGUCCUGGUCCUAUUCCUGGUCCUGCUAUUCCUGUCCCUGGUUCUGUUCGUGGUCCUGGUGCUAUUCCUGAUGUUGCUCUUCCCAGUCCUGGUCCUUCUGGUCCCGGUCUUCGUGCUGCUGGUCCCGAUCAUGUUCCUGGUGCUAUUCCCGGUCGUGGUCCUGCUGGUCCCGAUCAGGUUCCUGGUGCUAUUCCCGGUCGUGGUCCUGCUGGUCCCGAUCAGGUUCCUGGUGCUAUUCCCGGUCGUGGUCCUGCUAUUCCUGUUCGUGGUCCUGGUGCUAUUCCUGGUGUUGCUGUUCCCAGUAACGGCCCUGCUUUUUCCGGUCUUGAUGCUGCUGGUCAUGGUCGUGAUGCUGCUAUUCCUGGUCCUGCUGGUCCCGGUGCUGCCAUUCCUGGUGCUAUUCCUGGCCGUGGUUCUGUUCGUGGUGCUGCUGUUCAUGGUCCUGCUGGUCCCGGUCUUGGUCCUGCUAUUCCUGGACAUGGUCCUGCUGGUCCCGAUCCUGCUUUUUCCGGUCUUGUUCCUGCUGUUCCCGGUGCUGGGCAUUCGGUUGGUGGUGGAAGUGAACCUCCGGACUCUCGCUCUGUCGUUAUUUCCUCAAGUCAAGGUGGUAAUGGAAAAACAGCCCCGGUCAGUGUUUCGUCCGAUGAGCAGAUUGCAUCCUCAAAGGAAGUUUUGGCACAAAAAGAAACGGGGAGUCAGGGCACCUCUUCGCCCGAAGGACAGCCAACGGUGUCAUCCAACAAUGAAAAGCAAAGAAACAAUUCUGCCUCAGCAGGGGGUCACAGUCUUGGCCACGACGCCGCGGGAGACGCACUCCAAGACUCUUUGGAAGAACAAAAGAAAAAUGACCAUUCACAAACGAACGCGACAAAAAAAUCAUCAGGGGACCAAAAUACAGAAUCCCAAAGCAGUGGAGGAGCACUCUCGGAGGUAUCCAACACAACAACGCAUGGGAUAAAAACUCAACAGCCAAAGACAAACCCAGCAAAUGAGAAGAACUACAGUCAAAACACGGAUGCAUCCCACACCACCUCCCCUCUUUUGCUUCUUCUUGCUGUUGCGUGUGCGGCUGCUGCUGCGGUGGUGGCCGCGUGA